AUGGCCAAGAGGAGGAUAGCAAAUAUAGCAAUAGUCAAGGCCAUUGAAGGCAGUGGUUUAUACAUUCACAGGUUCAGCGAUGAGCCUCGUGUAUUGGAUACGUCGAAUACAACCCGAUGGAAGCCCCCUCUACCUCCAAAUCUGAAGUUUAAUUGCGAUGAGACAUUUGAUAGUAAAACAAAGAAGUCGGAUGUUGGGAUGGUGCUAAGAGACAGCAAGGGUACCUUGAUCGAGGGAAGAGGAAUGAAGAUCCCCUUUGUAUCCAGUUGCUAUGCCGAAGCUCUAGCAGUGAGGGAAGCCUGCCUUUGGGCUCUGUCAAUUGGAGCAGUCGUAUUGAAAGCGUAA